AUCUGGAAUUGAAAUAUGUUCACCCCUCUGGGUCGCGUGGCAUGGCUUGACUCCGGUGGGCUACACCCCAUUCUGGUCGUAUUUAAAGAAGGGCUCUCUGCUCUCCACUCCACUACAAUCCUGCAGUCUGACAGCGAUCACACACACCAGAGAACCAAAACAAACCCGUGGAGUGUGCGCUUCUGUAAAGAACUCUUGGAGGAAAUGGCUGGAACAGUUUUCACCAGAUCAUGCAUCGUUCUCUGCUUCCUUUUACACACGGCGCUGUGUCAGGACUGCACUCGGCCCUGUGACUGCCCGCCCGAGAGCCCCUUGUGUCCUGUGGGCACCAGUCUAGUGCUGGACGGCUGCAGCUGCUGUAAAGUGUGUGCCCGACAGGCAGGAGAGCCCUGCUCUUUCCUGGAGCCAUGUGACCACCAUAAGGACCUGUAUUGUGACUAUGGAGUGCUGAGUGACACUGAGACAGGCAUCUGCAUGGCUCAAGAGGGUCAGACGUGUGACCUGGGCGGUGUGAUAUACCGCAGUGGGGAGACGUUUCAGCCCAGCUGCAAACAUCACUGUGUCUGCAUGAAUGGAGAGAUCGGCUGCGUGCCGACCUGUGCCAGCAACAUACGGCUGCCCUCUCCUGACUGUCCCUACCCACGACGCGUCCAGAUCCCCGGCAAGUGCUGUGAGGAGUGGGUGUGCGACCAGAUCCCACAGGAAGACACCUUCCAGUCAGCAAUGGCUGGUAGGUCAAUCGCAUAUAGAGAACUAUCCGGUCAGGAUGUCCAGCCUGAGAGCGCGAGGGACAACUGCAUCGUUCAGACCACUGACUGGAGCGAAUGCUCUGCAACCUGUGGCAUGGGGGUGUCCUCUCGUGUAACCAAUGACAAUGAGCGAUGCCAGCUGGAGCGGCAGUCUCGCAUGUGCAUGAUCCGCCCUUGCAAUGCAGGGCUGGAAAAGGACAUCAAGAGAGGGAAGAAGUGCGUGCGGACCCCUAAGAGCCAGCGCGGGAUGCGUUUCGAACUGUCCGGAUGCCACAGCGUCAGGCUUUAUAAGCCGAAGUUCUGCGGGGUGUGUACGGACGGCCGCUGCUGCACGCCUCACACAACCGUCACGGCCGAGGUGGAGUUCCGCUGUCCCGAGGGAGACUCCUUCAGGAAGAAGAUGAUGUUCAUUAAGACCUGCUCCUGUCAUCAUGAUUGCCCCCGUGAGAACGACAUCUUCCUCGCCUCAAACUCACGGAGAAUGAUCGGGGACUAUGAUAAUGACAUGUGAGGAGCUGUCCCGUGUAACACACUCACACUGACGAUCAAGCACAUGUGCACAUGAGGCAGCUUCCUGUUUUACUGGACCCUGAUAUUCUCACGACUCGUGAGCAGAAAAAACGAGAAUGUUUGACCUGACGUGGGCAUCGAUAAUGGCCCUGCAAACUUUUCUUCUCUUUUUUUGUCUUUUGUGAUGCUCUGAAGUCAUCUGGCUGUUUCUGACUGGUCCUGCUACAGUAGACCUAAAGCACUGAGAACUUUGUGUUAGAAAGAUAGUUCACUCAGAAAUGACAUUUCUGUCAUCAUUUACUCAUGUUGUUUCAAACCUGUUCCUUAACGGUUUCAGAAUACAAAAAGAGUUUUUGAUGCAGCUUUUUUCCAGGAAAAUUCAGUCACCAUAUCUGUAAAGCUCACCACAGAACCAAAACCGAAAUAUAGCCCAUAAAAGUGUUUCACUAUUUUCCAAAUUCUGAAGUCGUGAUGUAAUUUGGCACAAGGAACAGUCUAAGAUUUAAAUCAAUAACAAUUUGGUCACUAUACACUAUAUGUCAUUGUUUAGAAAAAGCUGCAUGGAUUUUCUUAAAAAAAUUCUCCUUUCGUUCUGGAACAAAAUGUCAUGGGUUUGGAAAAGUGUGGGGUUAAACAAUUACUUUUUUUUUUUUUGAUUUUGUAAAUGUAUUGUUUUAGUUAUUUUUGGGUAAACUAUUCCUUUAAGACAUUGUGGAUAUGAAGUUAUUAAUUAAAUCAUUCAUAUAAUGAGUUAAUUUCGAGAACGUUUUCCUCAAUACAGGAAUAGACUGAAAUGACAAUAAUGUAAUCAUACACUUGAUAUGUAUUUUUUUUUUUUCAUUUAAUUUGUCAAUUGGUUUAUCUUUAUUAUUAUUAUUUUUUUUUUUACCUUAUAACAAGGAAUUAUAUUUAAAAACCGACCUUAAUAACUUUUAAUAUUUGUAUCUAAUUGAACCCAAUCUGUCAAGUAUGAAAAUCACUAAUGAGUCCCAAAGUAUUUUGGGAAGAAAACACUCCAACAAAUGAGGCUGGAUAAUGAGAUACUGCCUAUGUUGUUUACUGUUUAUUUAAUAGGAAAUGACUCCUUGUAAAGGAACUGAACAAUGACGAAUACACCUUGUGUAAAUACUGUAAGAAGACCGUGUACAGAUCGUACUAAUUUAUGUAACUGUCGUUUAACUCUUAAAUGUAGUGUUGUAUGUGUACUGUAUUACUCUGUGUUCAUUGUAAUCACCUGGCAAUGAUAGCAGCAAGUUCUUUUCUGAUGCACUUUUAUUUUCCAAUAAAGAAAUUAUAUUUUUA